GUGCUCCAAUUUCUGCAUGUUGAUGGAUCCCACUCUGGGUGUGUGUGUGUCAGUGUGUGUACAGUUAUGUGGAAGGGGGAAAUGCUGCUGAGCAGACCUCCUGUGGCAUGAAGGACGGGUCGGACUAGCAGGCCUGUGAACGGCGGACAGUCGCGAUGGACUUCAUGCUGAGCGGAGCGGCGGCGUGCGGAGCCUGCCUGUUCACCAACCCGCUGGAAGUGGUCAAAACUCGGAUGCAGCUCCAGGGAGAGCUCAAGAUUCGGGGCUCGUACCAGGUUUACUAUCGCAACGUGUUUCACGCUUUCUACACUAUCGGUAAGGUGGACGGACUGGCCGGCCUCCAGAAAGGGCUGGUGCCCGGGCUCGUGUAUCAGUUUUUUAUGAAUGGAGUCAGACUCGGAUCGUUCGCCAUCAUUGAGUCCUCAGGUUACAUCCACACGGAGGGCAGAGUCAGUGCGGCUAAAACCACGCUAGCAGGAGCUAUGGCAGGAGUGGUGGGAGCAGUGAUGGGAAGCCCCGUGUACUUGGUAAAGACUCACCUGCAGAGUCAGUCUACCUCCUCUAUUGCAGUUGGACAUCAGCACAAACACCAGGGGAUGACCAAAGCUCUGGCAGCCAUCUACAAGCAGCAUGGCAUUCUGGGACUUUGGAGGGGCUCCAGUGCUGCUGUACCGAGGGUCAGCGUGGGGUCAGCUGCACAACUCUGCACUUUCUCCUCUGCCAAGGAACUCGUGCUGGAUUUACAGGUGUUCCCAAAGAACAGCUGGUUCGUGGCCCUGACUGCCGGCAUGAUCAGCAGCGUGGUGGUCGUGGUGGCUAUGACGCCUUUUGAUGUUGUCAGCACGCGCCUCUACAACCAGCCCGUGGAUCAUUUGGGGAAGGGGCAGCUCUAUAAAGGAUUCACUGACUGCUUUUCCAAGACACUGAAGAAGGAGUCCAUGAUGGGACUCUAUAAAGGCUUGGGAGCCUCUUAUUUCCGGAUCGGCCCCCACACCAUUUUGUCCUUGUUCUUCUGGGACGAACUGCGCAAAAUGUACCAGCACCAGAAGCUCAGAUAACACAAGGGACAGAGCUGGAAAAUGGGUAACUCAUUAAGCUGUGCGUUGUCCUCAUUUAAUGAGGUUAAAGGAAAACUAGGCUCUUUUAAUUCAUGUGAAAGAGAAAGAGCAAAGGUUACAUUUUUACACUCCAAUAUGGAAACAUUAGGUCUGUUAAAAUAUGAAACCCCUAAAAGGACUCAUGUACAGUUUGCUUUACGUCAAACACUAGGGCUCUUUUGUAGCAUUUAACUCCUCAGUUGUGCCAUUCCCAACAUAUAUCAAAUAGCGUACACUGGACACUCGAACGUAGCUUAUGGAGAAAGCAUCAAAUGUGGCCCCAGUUUGAGGAAAUUAAAGCAUAGUGCCAACACACGCCGCAGUAGCAGAACCACCACUAAUCUAAAGUGAUGUGUGCACAUAAGUCCAGUAGCAGCUGCUCCAUGCUCGAUUCAAAUUAACAAAGGGUUGUAAUAUAGAAAAGUGUAUCUUAAAGGGAAACACAAUGCACGAUGCCAAGGGGAAACAAAGCGAGCUGAUUUUACAGUGAAAUGGUUGAAACGUGACAUGAAGGCUGUUGAGUGUGUUGGGAUAUUUAACAAACCAAGCUAUACAAUUACGACAUAUCCAAGUGUCUCUUUUAAUUAAUAGAAACGGCAAACCAUGUAACAUUUAUUGUACAUUUUAAUUAGUUAUUGAAGACAUAAUGCAGCAUAAACACACUUUUUUUAAGGCAACACCUACUUCAACUACUGCCACCGUGAUGAAGAUUACCUGAAUGUACUUUAUGAUACUUUCACAAUAAUAUUUAAUGCGUUUUAAAGCAGAGACUAGCACACUUCAUGAGUUAUGUAUGUUUACUUUUAAAGGGUCAGCAAAUUCAUUGUGACUGAAAAUAAAAUGCCAUUGAGCAUUUCACUUUAGACUUAGCUUAUCUGCUAAUGCACUUUUAAAAAGAAGUGCAACACAAAUCAAAUGUGGAUAACGAAUCAAACCAUUCAGCUUUCUUUUAGGGUAUUUUAUUUCUUGCAAGAACGUUUAGUCAGUCAUACAGAAAGUCUGCAGAGUGAAAGACGAAGAAUAGAGUUUAGGUUGCAUAUUUAAACACAGAGAGGAGAAGUGGGGGGGUCGAGCUCGGUGAUAAUGAAAGCAACAUUGUGGAAGUUUAGGGAGGCUGUAUCAGGAUGUUCGCGGUUCAACAGAAGAACAUUGCAACAAAUCCUUUUUGUAAGGAAUGUUCCCAAAGCUUAGCAAAGAAGUGAAAGCUAGAAAAUAAGAAUCACGCAAUGAUAUUAAUAAAAUCAGUGAGUGAGUAUGAUAUUGUUCCAUUACAAAUGCUCAUAAGUUCAGGAAUAGUAGAUAAAGGACUCUCUAAAAACUGCCAAAUGUCACAAACUAUUUAUUGUAUAUGGAGGUGGUGUUUAAUAAACCUGCUUCUGCAAAACUGUUUUUUUUUAAUAUACAAUUUUAAGAAUGAAUUCAUUACAACAAUUUAAAAUGACAAAAUAAUGUGUAAAAUAAACAAGAAUAACUAUAUAGCACCUUUUCAAACUGUUGAGUGAGUUAAAUAUAAAUAAAUCAGUGUACUCCUACAGCAUGGGCUUUUUAAAAACUUGCUUCAAUGGUUAUUUAUAAUAUUGACUUUCUAAAACACUUCAUUUUUAUUCUUGUUUUUAUUUAUUUAACUUCAGUCCAUUUUAUUCCAUCUUUCUGUUUUUUCAGGCAUCCGAAAAGUACCUUAAAAUUCUUUAAAGCAUCAGGUUAUUAACGUUCGUGUAGAGAGGAUGUCCAAAUACAUCCUGUACAUAUUUUUAAUUGUACCCUCUCCAGGUCAGAAAAAGUGUUCCUAAAUUAAAUAGGCGUAUGACCCGCCGGAAGAAAAGUUAGAUUAUGAAUGCAGUUUAUUUCCACACCGUUUGAAGGUCAUGUUAGAGCAGGUUUGGCAUCAAUUAUAU